AUGGCAGCACAGGAAGUGACAGCCGUUUGGAAGGGCUACAGACUAACUAGGGCCUAUGAACCACUGAAAAUCCUUUCAGAGGAGGACACUGGGGAUCCUGAGCGGACGGGAGGGCCAGGCCCCCGGCGGAGGCCAGGCCGUGGCAAGGCCGCAGAAGGGGCGCACGGGCGGCUGCUGACCGACUACCCGCGGCGCUGCGCCCGGGAGCCCGGCGUCCCCAAGCCGCCGCCAUCCAUGCCCGAGGCCGCUGUGCUGUGCGGCGCGGCCGCCAACCCACGGCAGCUGCUCGGGUCCUUCUCCCCCGACGCCGGCCACCAGGGGAACCGCGUGGAGCUGAUGGCGCAGAUGGUGGAGGCCGUGCUCUCCGACAGCCGCGGCCUCAGCUGGGGCCGCGUGGUGGCGCUCGUGACCUUUGCUGGGACGCUUCUGGAGAGAGGGCCGCGUGUAACCGCCAGGUGGCGGAAGUGGGGCCUCAAACCGCGGCCUAAGGACACGGAGGAGGAAGGCGCCCAGGACCGCCAGCUCUUGGUGGACUUGCCGUGCGCUGGGCUCGUGGUGCGCCCCGCCUGGCUGCAGGCUCAGGCAGGCCGGGAUGGCUUUUGUCUCUUCUUCAGGACACCGUUACCACUAGCGUUUUGGAAAAGACUGCUGGUCCAGGCUUUUUUGUCAUGCUUUUUAGCAACGGCCUUCAUCUAUUUCUGUACAUGA